CAGUUUGAAGCGCCGCAGAUUGCUAGUCCGAAUUCCGAUAUCAGUUCCCGACACAAACUGUGGAACGUAAAUGCGGAUGAGGAAACCUCCGUUUGCCCUCCGCGUUAUCAACCCCAAGUAAGUGGCACCCGAGCCACCAAGGGAAUCUAUUGGCAAUUUACCCCAGCUCGUGAAAUGAACGACAUUUGCAAUGCCUAGGCCAGGGUAAUCGCCACUCGGCUACCAGAAGAUAGCAUCCUCCGCCGACCCGAACUCGGAUCCUCGGCACAAAGGAUAUGUUUCCAAAUGUGGAGACACUCCAGCAAUAAGAGCCGGCGUGCAAGUGUGGCAUUUUGUCUUCGAACCACUGCUCACAAUAACAGCAACAACAACGCAAUCUUUAGGGAGAUUCAUGGCAGCGCUCAGGUUGAGAAGUUGAGGCUCGGUAUUCCUGGGGCGACUGUUGGCUGUGAAGAUGCAUAGAGGACGAUUCGGGCCCUCGGCGUUGGGCAGAACAAGUCUCUGAUCUUCGUAAGGAUCUUGCCGUAUCACUGCCCUGGCGGCUCUGGUCCCGAUUUCUGAGGCUGCCGAUGCCUGUUGCUCUAUCCCUCAAGCCGAAUAACACUGUGCUCCCGCGGAGAAGUCCUGGAUCCCAUGGGGACGCCCCAAGAUCAAGAACCUGCUCAAUCUAGGCAUUCCGCCCGGCCCGCCCGUAGCCCCAUGCAGGAUCAUGUCGUCAGUGUCUGAAGACUCAUUGGCAUUGGCGAGCAUGAUGGAAGCAACGGCAGGGGUCUGUCAUUGGAGGCAACUCUCGGCGGAAUUGUGGUCUGCAAAGGCAAACUAUCCACAGACUGCCUGUUAACUGUGUUCAACCCCAGUGCCUGCUAGCAACAGGGUUGGUUCG